AUGGGCUAUUUUGCGACCGAGUUCUUCGAUCCGGACUCGUGGGCAGAUAUAUUCCAAGCCUCUGGAGCCAGGUAUGUGGUAUUCACAUCCAAACACCAUGACGGAUUCACAAACUGGCCGUCAAAAAGCUCCUGGAACUGGAACUCGGUGGACUUGGGUCCUCACCGGGACCUGGUGGGAGAACUGUCUGCUGCAGUCAGGAAAAGAUCAUUGCGUUUGGGUCUGUACCACUCUCUGUAUGAGUGGUACCGCCCGCUCUACCUGUCGGAUCGAGCCGCCCAAUUCAAGACUCAAACGUUUGUUGCCCAGAAGACUCUUCCAGAGCUAGUGAACCUCGUGGAAACCUAAAAACCUGAUCUGAUCUGGUCUGCUGGGGACUGGGAGGCUCCAGACACCUGCUGGAACUCCACCCAGUUCCUGGCCUGGCUCUACAAUGACAGCCCAGUCAAGGUGAACCGGCACGCACAUACAUAA